AUGAUUCCAACUGCUAUGCAACUUGAAUCCAAUAACCAUUUAAUUGAAUCUUUCGAAACCUUCUUUCAGAGCUGGCUGAUUGAACAAGAGCGUUACUUACAACAAUUGCUUCGCUUAAGCUCCGAAAGCUGCAAUGAAAAUUGCAUUAGUGAAAAAAGACUCAUCAUAGACCAAGUGUUGGCCCAUUACCGUGCAUAUUACAUAGCCAAAUCAAAAGUUACACAGGAGAACGUUUUCCUAGUGUUAUCCCCUACUUGGUUCACGGCUUUCGAGCGCACUUACCUAUGGAUAGCAGGGUUUCGACCAGGACUAGCAUUUACGCUGGUGAACAAGAAUGUCUCGGACUUGUCGCGGAAUCCGUCUUUGAUGCUGAAGGAGUUAUUGGAUGAGAUUAAGGUAUCACAAACAAUGAUUUUGCUAGCGAGGGACGAGGGACCACUGGAGAACGGGAGGUUGACAGAACUAAAUAGGGCAAUUGAUAGGUUGAGGUUGGCAAUGGAGACACUAGUUGAAUGUGCAGAUUAUCUGAGGGGGAAGACAGUGUUGAGGAUUGUGGAAAUCCUAAGUGCAGCUCAAAGCGUGAGAUUCUUGGUUGCUGCUACCCAAUUUCAGCUCAGGAUUCGAAGUUUGGGCCUGCAAAGAGAAGCUAAUUAG